AUGUAUGGGUUGCACCGCAGUUUUGUCGAGAGCGUGACAAUUGUGACCAUCAACGAUAUAACCGCGGAUUGUCGGGCCAUCUUGUUUCUGGCACGGUUCAAGAACUUAAAGAGGGUCAUCUACUACCAAAACAUGUCGGACCGAUUCACGAGAAUAACGACUUCCUUCAAUUGGGAAUGGUUUGCGACCAAAGCGUGUGUCCAGGAACUCUACUUCGAAGACGACGGUGAAAUGACAGUGCGCUGCUUCUCGAAACCACGAGUGUGGCCAUCCGUUAAAGACAUCGGGAUUGCGGUCAGUAAAGAGGCACGCCAAUUGGUACAACUUGCGAGCACACGCGGCUGGGAAGUCGUUCCUAUUGCGACAUUUCACGGUGACAAGGCCGUCGGAGAAAUUCAUCGGCUGCUACUGGAGCAAUAUUCUGUGCGGGCUGCGCAGAAGGAAGGAAAGAACGACGUUGAAGGGGAAGAAGAGGAUGAGUCCGAAGAGGAUGAGUCCGAAGAAGAAGAGGAAGAGGGCAAAUCCGAGGAUGAAGAAGAUGAGGAGGAUGGCUCCGAGGAGGAAGCAGGUUGGGAGACGUGCAGUUCCUUUGACCCUAACGAGGGCUAA